UUACAAUUGUGGUGACCAUGUUUCAGUGUCUGAAUGACCCAGGAUACCAACACACGCUUCUUACUUUUCAUUGUUACUCUCUUCCACAAUGUAACGGUAGACUGUGGAAACAUCUUCUUAUUCAUGCUUCUGGAGGUGGCAAUUGUUUAUCACAUAAACCGUCAUCUCCACUAGAUAUCAAAAGUAAUUUGAUUGAUCUUGAAUUCUUGAUGUGCAAUAUUUUGAACCAUGUACCAUAUUUUUUACCGGUUUUGACUAGUAACACUAGUAUUAGAGCCGAUAAAAACUAAGACGUCGUUUGCUAAAUCCACGAAGCAAACCACUCCUAGUAAUUUAGAAUGGGUUCCACCAAAAAAAUUCUACAGAAUGGGUUUCGAUUAUGGACUGUGGCACGACUCUUAUUUGUUUUGAUGCAUUGGCCUGUAAUGUGAGGCGGCCCAAUAAUUUUAUUUUUUAUAAGAGAAGCGGCCCAAAAAUUAGCUGCGGCCCAUGACUAAUUGUUUAAAAUGGGCUUGAAGGAAAACCCUAACCCUAGAAGCCUCCAUCCGUUUUCCCGCGCGUGAUAUACACCUGCUGGCACCAAGAAAAACGCGGAGGAAAAACUAGUAUUCAAGCGCCGCAGCCGCACUGGCUCCUCAAAAAUACAUAUUCUCCCACCUCCACCGUCCGAUCUCAUUCCAGCUCAUCGAUCCGCGUCGUCCCAGGUUUCGACGGCCUAGAUCGGAGCUGCAGAGCUACUGGUUCAACACACGAAGCAGCUCGUCUCUGUUCCUCCCCCCUCCCCCAUCCUCUUCGCUGUGCUCCCCAAAAAAAAUUCUGAUUUCAAUAAUUAUUAUUUUCCUGGAAAAGAGAUUUGAAAAUUUCAUUGGCUUCCGUUAGAUUUUCCCGAUCUGUUCGCUGGGGCGGAGAAGCAACAUGAAAAUCACGGAGCUGGAAGGGAAGGAUUUGAAGGAGGAGGUUAUUGCAAUUUCAACCGACGACGACGAGGACGACAGCGACACGGAGGAAGGGGCGGAGGUCGAGGCGCCGGAAGAUGAGGAGGACGUCGACGAUGACGAGGAGGAGGAUGAUGACGACGGCGACGACUCCGACGACGAUGAUGACGACGAGGAUGAAGGCGUUGAAGAUGAUGACGACGGUGAGCAGGCCUUAAACGCCGCCGUCGGUCCAGCUGUCGUGUCGGUAGAAGACGAUGACGACGAAGGUGAGAUUGAGAACGAAGAGGAAGCCGAAGGUGGAGACGACGACGAUGACGACGAUGAGGCCGACGACGACGAGGAGCAGGGAGUGAUCUAUGACGAGAACGAGGACGACGAGGAUGAUGUAGAGGAAGGUGUCGAGGAUGACGGAGCAGAGCCCGCGUUGAACUCCUCCGCGGCCCCAGUUGUCCAGUCGGUCGACGAUGACGACGAUCUAUUCGGCGAUAACGAGAACGGUGAAGAGGACGUCGAAGAAGUCGAGGAUGACGACGAGGACGAUGAAGUCGAUGACGAAGAUGAUCAGGGAGAGAAAGACGUUGGAGCCGAAUACAUCCUUCGCCGGCGGCCAAAAGAGGAGGAAGACGGGAUUGAUCUGGAACUAGACGAGAACGGAGAGGACGAAGACGACGAUGAGGAAGAAGAGGACUUGGUGGAAGAUGAUGACGAGGAAGAAGCCUCGAGAUCUGCAGCCGCAAAACGGAAAAGAUCGAGCAAGGAUGACUCUGAUGACUCUGAUGAUGCCAGUGAUGGCGGCGAUGAUGGUGAAGAGGACGAGGACGAUCGGAGGCCAUCAAAGCGAUAGGAGGCAGAAUUGUGUUUUUCCUUGGUGUUCUAUGGAGGAGGGGGAUCACCCAGAAAUUUAACUCUCACAGGUCAAAUCUCUUUAGUCCCUUAUCUCUCUAUGAAAAAAACGAAGAAAAAGAACCCAGUAUUUGCUAUGUGGAGGAGGAAAAAACUGGGGAAAGGAAUAUUAUCAUCAAUCAGUGAUCUGUUGUUGAUUAUCAAGUGGGAUGAGUUUGUCUAGGAGCACUUUCUGUUUGGAUAGAGGUUUGUUUUAGGUCAGGAGUUUUGGGCUAAAAGACUUGUUUAGAGUAAUGUUUAGGGAAUUUUAGAAUGGUAUUUUGUAAAAAUCCUAAUGAUGGUUGUCAACCUAAGCCUAUACAUUAUUUUUCUGCUUGGCCCUCUUGAAUUGAAUGAACAAAAUGGACUUGAUUGCUCAAUGAGGGUUUCCAUUCGGUGGCAAUGUGGUCUGUAUUGGUUUGUGUGUGUGUGGUUGUUGCAGUUCUGAUAUAAUUUGGUGAUCAAUUUGUAACUUUUGCUGUGGAGUCGAGGGAAUGAUGAAUGUGUCAUAACUCAUGAACCCAUGGCUGCCAGGCUCCUGCCAGUUUACAUUGUUGUAGGCUGAAUUGUGAUAAUGCAGCUGGUAAGGAGAGAAAAUGGCUCAAAGAGUCCGGUGGUGCUCGAGCCCAUUGGUUGUUUGGUUGGGUUUGGGGUUAUGAAUCACAAUCGGUGCUCGCCUGUAAACAAUUGAAGGCAAAGUUUAGGGUAAAAAAGCUAGUAGAAGGGCGGCUACGCGCUUUGGGGCUCUUGUCCUUUGCCCGAAGAUGUAUUGGAACAAGGGUCCCGCCAGCCCACAUGGGCUGCUCCCUUUGUGCACGAUUGAAGGAGUGGUUCAGCUACUCAAAAUGGCAUAAUCGUAAUUUGAAUGAACUACCGUGGUUUCAAGGUUCGGUAGCUUUUUUUCUGUAAUUGCCCUUAACUCGGGUGUUAAUCUGUUCUACAGGGUCGAUUCUCCUACAGAAGGAACUCGUCUACUUGCUCUGCAACUCAUUUUGACCUUGACCUGGCGAUCUUUGAACUGUGGUAGCCAUCUAAAUACCCGCCAUAGCAAAAGGCUGCGGACAAUUCAACUGAAAACUCGGUGAAAACCAUCAACCGGACUGCUGAUUUCUAAUUGAAAAUUAUGAAAUAUAGUCUGCGGCGGGACAAUCUGCUGUGCCAUUGACUUCUUAUGGUGAAUCACGAAGUUGCAGAGAAGCAACUACCUGACCUAAUUCGUUGCGUUGUUGGUGGUGACUUGACGUCUUCCUUUGAGAAAAACCAGCUCUCACAUUCAGUGACGGUGAGUGAUAUUUAUCAAGCAACAGCCACCACCGAUCAUGCUCAAUUCACCAUUGAUGUAAUACUUUUGGAAGGAAAUGUAAAUCAUAGUUUUCACAAAUUCAGAUUUUGCCGUGAAAUACUCGUCCGAAUUCGUGUAAACUGUAAAGAUCUAAACAUACACGACAAAAUUCAGCAGCACUACAAAUCUAGUUUGGGCCGGAUCUGCAGUAUGGGUAAGUAGCAGAAAGCCCAGCCUACUAAAGCCCAAUUCCAUUUGCGGCAACUUUCUGAAGCGGGAGUUGACGAUUAGUGGGAAUCCAGGAAUAUUCGAAGGCGGGAGUUGGGGAAACCCUAACCCUAGAGGAUAGAUGCCUCCAUCUGCACCCUCGCACGUGACAUGCGCCUGACUGAAAGAAAAAACGGAGUUACCUCAGCGCCGAAAACGCAAUGACGUUGUCUCCUAAGAAAUACAAUAUUCUCAAUCUUCCACCGUCCGAUCUCCUUCCACGUCACCGAUCCGUGUCGUCCCGCGUCUGGACGGCUGGGAUCGAAGUUGCAGAAGCUACUGGUUCAACGAACGAGCAAGCUCGUCUCUUCCCCGACCUGCACCCUUCUUCCCCUUUUGCGCUCUCCAAUCCGAGUUAUUUCAGUUGAUAAUUUUAUCUCCAAUAAAGAUAGGUACUCCCUUCCAGUUGUUCGAUUCUCCCAUCUCUCUCUCUCUCUGAUCUUUCCCGUUUCAACAUGAAAUUCACCGAGCUGGAAGGAGUAAUUUUGAAGGAGGUUGAGUCCGAGGAGGAGCUGAUGAUUCCGGCGGUCGACGACGGCGAGGCGGAGGAACAAGCCGCCGUUGUUGAUGAGGACGAUGAUGCCGAGGAUGAUGACGGCGAAGACGACGAUGACGAUGAGGACGACGAAGAUGAAGAAGACGACGACGAUGAUGAUGAGGGCGUUGACGACGAGGAUUCCGAGCAGGCCUUGCCGUCUUCUGACCCUCCUGUCGUCCACAGCGUCGGCGACGAGGACGAUGAGGAAGAUGAGGACGACGACGAAGAUGAAGGUGGAGACGAUGAUGACGACGAUGACGAUGACGACGACGACGAUGAGGACGAGCAAGGAGAGGUAUUCACUAUUGCUUGUUACCACUGUUUAAUUAUUGUUUAAUUGAUUGUAGAUCCGUGUUUGCUAAUCGUUUUCCGGUGAAAUUCCAUUAGAUCUCAAAAUUUCGGUAGUCAAUUAAGCGAUGAGAGCUUUUUUGCUUCUUCUAUUCAACAGGAUUUUUUACUCCAAUCGUUACUUUUUCAGUAUAGUUUUGCUUCUGGCUGUGCUUAUAUCGUUCAUCAGUAACUGUACCUUUGACCUCUCUGGCCUGUUUAUUAUUUGUGUGAAUUAGAACUGCCUUCAGAUCUGCCUCUCAAACUGAGUUUCGGAGCAAUUUUAGUUUCACUCGAUUACCAUGUUAACCUAAUUAGACUUUCUUCUCUGACCAAAUCGUAAAUUCUUUAGCGGAUUUUUUUGUUUUGGAAUUUUCAUUUAUCCUAAUCUUAUUGUCUAUAUAGCUUCGAUGUCAUUUAGGGGUUUAAGUGUUUUUGUGAUUGGUUGAUGGCCAAUUGGCCACUAUGAGGAGUGGAGGGGAAGAGAAGACAGAGCCCUGAUUGGCCUUCACCAUGCUGAUAACUUUCCACUGACUCAGCAACCCACCAUUUUUAAGCUCUUUUAUCAUUCUUCUUACACGACCGGAUUUAGUAGAUUUACCGGCCACUGAAACCAUUUUUACCUCAGGGAUCAACUAUUUUUUUUGUUUGUUUGUCUGAAUUGGGUUUAUGGUUGUUGAACCAUUGUCUUUGCCUAACAAAUUGUGUCGUGUCUUGGAUGGUGAUUGAUUUGAUACUGGUUAUUGGCUGGUUAUACCUGUUGAACCGUAUUGGUUCACUUUACUGGUCCACCCAUUCGAUCAGGACUGAUAGCUUAGUAUGGUUUCACAAGAAUUGAUAUUGAAUUUACUCAUAUUCGUACCUCCCUUUUUCAAAUGCAGAAGGAUCUGAGUACCGAUUACCUCCUCCGACCGGUGGGGCGCCCAGAAGAAGAGGAAGAUGCAAGUGAUUUUGAACCGGAGGAGAAUGGCGAGGCUGAGGACGAGGAAGUCGAUGAGGACGAUGAAGAAUUGGGCAAAUCAGCUGGUUCAACGAAGAGGAAGAGGGCGAGCAAGGAUGAAACGGACGACGAUGAUGAUGAUGAUGACAACGACGAUGAUGAUGGUGGGGAGGACGACGUGAGGCCAUCAAAGCGAUGAUAUUAAACCGUGGUUUCUUGUGUUGAUGUAUUAAUUUUAGGGUUGUGACCAAAGUUUAACUCUUUGUUAGGGGUUAAUCUCUUGUGCUAAAAUGGACUUGGUAUAAAGGGGACUUACUGUGGCUAUUAGAAUGGCCACAUAUGUAACCCAAAUGCCUGACCAAGUUGUCAUCCGUGGCCUGUCACGGAGUAGUAGACUUGGUUGGUUAUGUUGUUGUAGCUUGUAGUUAGGGAUUUUAUUCAAGCUUUGUUUUCUUCAUCAUCUCUGAGCUCAAGUUGGAAGUUUUCAUAGUUGCUUGGCUUCACACCUCACCUCAUUCGCUCGAUUUGACUAAUGGUGGUUUUCAAGUAUGGCCAAUUCGAGCUUAUCUUCUCGCAAUUGUAGUAGGUGAAUGGUUGAAGUCUGAGAGUCGACUACCUGUCUACAAUGCCUAUGUUUGAAUUGACUUUU